CCGCCCGACUCUACUGCGCAAACUCUGGCUCCAAAUGACGUCACACAAGCAAGAUGGCAGCUCCCGGAAAGGAGAUAUUUUGGCUUCACUUUUGCAUAGCGGUAGGAAGUGGCGACGCGUCGUCCAUAUUUACAUACAGUCUAUGCAGGAAAACGAUAGAUAGUCAGUAGCAUUUUAGGAGAGAGAUUACAGCGUGCAAGUUGCAAACUGAAAAAAUUCUCUUUUUUCAGAUUUAGCGGUUACGUCCCCCCCUUUUUAUCGAGCAGUGGAUAGCUAACGUACUUGUAACGCAACAGCUAAGUUAGCUUGUUGUAGCAGCCGUGGAGGACUGAUGAAGACUGUUGUUAAGCUAACGGGAGAAUGGAUUUGCGGAUGAACCAGACUGGUUAACUAACAGAGACAAAGUUCUGUCAACAAACAAACAAGAUGACCAACAGUCACAAAUGCAGUGGGAUGUUAUGACAUGGAUACUUCAACUCCAUGAAACAAGAAAGAAGACAUCCGAUAACGACCCCAGCUACUGGGUUCAGGUGCACAGGUUGGAACAUGGAGACGGAGGCAUACUGGACCUGGAUGAUGUGUUGUGUGACGUGGCGGAUGACAAAGAUAGGCUGGUAGCAGUAUAUGAAGAGCAGGAUCCUCAUAAUGGAGGUGACGGUACGAGUGCCAGCUCCACAGGCACGCAGAGUCCUGAACCCUUUGCCAGCGAGCUGAGUUCAGCAUCAGCCUUCCAGCCCUACCAGUCCAACAGUGAGAUCGAGGUCACACCAUCCUCCUUGCGAUCUACAGACAUGCCCCUCCAUGUCCGUCGCAGCAGUGAUCCCUCCCUGGCUGGCCUCGCCCCAGGCGAAGUCCCAGUUGGUCCAGAAGAACCGUCCAGAAAGAACCCAACUCGCUGGUCCACAACUGCUGGCUUCCAAAAGUAUAACAACAAACCAAACACAAGCGCCGGCACUGGCACCAGCAGCCUGGAACGAAAGGCUAGAGGAGGCCAUGCCUACCGGAGUCUUCCUCGAGAUGCGAGUGGCUGGACCACUCAGUUCCAGAGAGAGAUGACACGAUCCUCGCUGAGCGCCAACCAUCCAAUGGUGGACCGUUGGCUCGACCGACAGGAGCAGGAGGAGGAGGAAGAAGAGCGAAGGAAACAAGAACGGAGAAUUGAGCGGAUAGAGCCAGUAGGGAGGGCUGACUCCUCAUUGGAAUAUUCACCUGUGUUAAGUCUAGAAGGCAUGCUCAAGCCGGUCGAGGUGUCCAAUGAAGGAGGGCCCCUGGGGAUCCACGUAGUGCCUUUCAGUUCGCAGGAUGUCAGGACUCAGGGCUUGCUAGUCAAGCGUCUGGAGCGUGGAGGCAAAGCUGAACAAGAGCGUCUCUUCCAGGAGAACGACUGUAUUGUCAAGAUAAAUCAGGGAGACAUACGCAACCUGCGCUUCGAACAAGCCCAGAACAUUUUCAGGCAGGCGAUGCGUUCCCCAGUCAUCCUCUUCCAUGUGGUCCCUGCCGCCAUGAAGCGGCAGUACGAGCUGCUGUCAAUCCAGAGCGAGCUCAGCCCGCCCCAGCCCCACAGGGUCCGCUUUAGCCAAGACUCUCAGCAGCCAGGAGACCGGUCUAGUCUGGUGGGCGGGCUGGCAUCCAGGUCUGGACCCCUACCAGGCCUCAACCACAACCAUCAAGGCCCCCUGGCAGGAAGCACCCCAGAGCCAAGCCGACGGUAUGCCACGUUACCUCACACAAUGGUCUCCAGGACCUCGUCAGCCCCCUCCCCCUCCCUGCAGCGCAGGGUGAGCGCAAACCCCUCCACCAGCUCCUACCUAAAGAAAAAAGGCCGCAAAUUCAACAUCCAGCUGAAGAAAGGUCCAGAGGGUCUUGGGUUCAGCAUCACUUCCAGAGAUGUCCCUGUUGGCGGCAGUGCUCCUAUUUACGUCAAAAACAUCCUCCCUCGAGGGGCUGCCAUCCAAGAUGGCCGAUUGAAAGCUGGAGACCGGCUUCUGGAGGUCAGUGGAGUGGACCUGAACGGUAAGACCCAGGAAGAGGUGGUAGCUCUGCUCCGAGCCACUCCCAUGGGUGGAACUGUGAACCUGUCGGUGAUUCGCCAAGAGGACUCCCUGCUGCCCCGAGAAGUGCAGCCAGACGAAGAUGACAUGGUGUUAACCCCUGAUGGUACACGAGAGUUCAUGACCUUUGAGAUCCCACUGAAUGAGUCAGGCUCAGCAGGCCUGGGGGUCAGCGUCAAGGGUAAUAGGGACAAGGAGAACCAUGCUGACUUGGGCAUCUUUGUCAAAUCCAUCAUCAAUGGAGGUGCUGCUAGCAAGGAUGGGCGUCUGCAUGUCAACGACCAACUCAUCGCAGUCAACGGGGAGUCGUUGCUAGGGAAGACCAACCAGGACUCCAUGGAAACACUGCGCAAAUCCAUGUCAGUAGAGGGCAACAAGCGAGGGAUGAUCCAGCUCAUCGUGGCUCGACGGUUGACCAAAAACAAUGAGGAAGCUCCUGGCAGCCCUCCAGUGUUGGAGCAUCCUGUCAACUCUCUACUAGACAACCAUGAGCGCCGGAUCUCCCAUUCUCUGUAUGAAACCAUCGAGGGCUUUGACAACAUCUCCACACCACGGACUAAUGUGAUCGGACGUAUUGGUAACUACCAGCUCUCUCCCACUGUCAACAUGCCGCAGGAUGACAUAGUGAUGAUCGAAGACGAUAGACCGCCUCUGCUUCCUGCCCACCUUUCUGACCAGUCAUCCUCCAGUUCCCACGAUGACAUGGGCUUUGUUGGCGAGAACCCCGUGCCCUGGAUCCAUGAGCUGCCCGGACAGAAUGAAUGCUCACUCAGUCCAGACAUAGACCCUGAUGGUUCCUUCCAGAGGGAGGGAUUCGGUCGCCAGAGUAUGUCAGAAAAACGCACUAAGCAGUAUGAGAGUCCCGCUCACCUGGAGAUCAUCAAGACACGCAAGUCUAAGAGCAUGGAUCUAGUAGCAGAUGAGAUUAACUGCAGCACAAGAACCGACGGAGAACAAGAGGUCGGACCCUCGCUGGGCCUGAAAAAGUCCAGUUCCCUCGAAAGCCUCCAGACGGCUGUUGCCGAGGUGACACUCAACGGUGAGGUCAACGUCCACAGGCGCUCUCGGAUCGUCAGGGGCCGCGGCUGCAAUGAGAGUUUCCGAGCUGCAAUUGACAAGUCAUACGAGAAGCCCGGUGUCACUGCGGCAGAGGAGGAGAACAGCAUGGAGACAUUGGACGAGGACACAGAGGGAAGUUCCCGAUCAGGUCGGGAGUCGAUGUCCACCAGCGGUGACCUCAUCGUGGGCCCCGGGCUGAACGGCAACCUCUCCAAAGACGACAGAGGGAAAGAUCGGGAUAAGACCGGGGGGAAGGAAAAGAAGAAACCUGAAAGGGAUAAAGAGAAGGAGAAAGACAAGGACAAGAACAAAGCCAAGAAAGGCGUGCUGAAGGGCCUGGGCGAGAUUCUCAGGUUUGGAAAGCAUCGGAGGGAUGAGCGGCCAGGAGACAGGAUGGAGAGGAAGGGCUCCAGUAAAUCUAAAGCAGAGGACGUGCAGGCGUCAGAAGAGGAGACCCAGCGGAUGAGGCUGGAACAAGAGAGAAUACAGGCCAAGAUGCGGGAGCUCCGGGAGAGGCAGGCAAAGGAGAGGGAAUAUGCUGAGAUCCAAGAUGUUGUCAGCCGCACCUUCAGCUCAGAUGAAGAGCACACCUACGCUGGCAUUGGAUCAUUAGACUCAUCGGUGGACAGCAGUAGCAUGGAGCCUUACGGCACUCACCACCACUACCACCUCCCUCAGAGUCCCCAGAGCCCUCACGUUCCCUUGAAUCUUCAGGACAACGGUCCACCCCUAGAGGCUCUGUAUGCCCAGGUCAACAAGCCACGCAACGGACGCCCUGCAGCUCCGGACAGCAGUCAGAUGGCUCCCAGUAACCACGACCGGAUACAGAGGCUGAGGCAUGAGUUCCAGCAGGCCAAGCAGGAGGAGGACAUCGAGGACCAUCGGCACACCUACAGCUUCGACCAGUCCUGGGCUAACAACGGGACGGAGACGGCGAGCGGACGCCAUUCAGUAACCGUGGAUACUCAGGUCCAGAAACAGCAGCAAGACGACAGAGAUGGUUUCCAACAAGCACAGAGACAGUACAGCUCCCUACCACGGCAACCUCGAAAGAACCCCAGCACGGCAUCCCAGGACUCAUGGGACAAGGUGUACCUGCCAGCAGAGGGCUUCCAAGCCGCCAAGGAAAACCCUCGCCACUCCGGCAGCCAUGGAUCACGUAAUGGCUACCUGGGAGCGUCCAGCUUUAAUGCCCGUGUCCUCUUAGAGACUCAGGAGUUGCUAAGGCAGGAGCAGAGGCGCAGAGAGCAGGAGGCCAACAAGGGCAGGCCACUUCCUCCACUCGAAACCCCCAGCAGCAGCACCUACGACCACACUCAGGCCCCAAGCUCUGUGCCAGUGCAGGCCCCACCUCAAUCCAAGGGCCCCUACAGACAGGACGUACCCCCAUCCCCUUCUCAACUGGCCAAGCUUAGCAGGCAUCACAGCUCAGAGAAAGGGAGGCCGUUUUAUUCCUGAGAGAGCGACAAGGAACUGGAAAGAGGAUGUUUUGGGAGAUGAACAGGGAAUUAUACAAAGAAAGCAAUUAAUCUGUUUUUUAAAAAUGCUGAGAUACAAAGAUUUUUAUGGGAAUGUUGAUAUAAAAUGUUAAUAUUUAAAAAAAAAAAAGAUUUUUAAUGAUAUGAAUCAUGAUCCUUUUUAGCUUUAUGAAAAAGGAAAGGUUUGAGAUGUUUAUUGUUUAGCAUCUAUGUGUAUAAGUGCCUUCUAGUCUAUUGACGAUUCACAUUUUGUAGGCAGCAGCCCCAUUUUUUUUGUUCAUGAUCUGCAGCUCUGACCCAUCCAUCUGACACAUUCCACACAGUAGACAUCACAGCAGAAGGCAAUAUGUUUUCAGGCCACUGCUGCAUCGCUACAUCUGCCAGCAGUCUGACCUAAACAUCAUAAACCCAAGCACAAGACACGGCCCAGGUUGUUUUUUUUUUUGAGUUUUGCUAUUCAUGGGGACUUUGUCAAGCACUAUGUGUUAAUGUACGUGUGUGCAUCUGUGUGUGCAUAAGUGUAUGUGAGUGUGUGGAGGUUAAGCAGCUUGUGUGAACUGUGGAGUCACAGCUUGGGAUUUUUGGCAUGACGGCUCACCCCUAACCCCUCCCCCCCUUCACUUCAGAGAAACAUCCCUUUUCGGUUUCAGAUACUCAGAGUGUGUAUCCUCCUUCCAACCCUCUCUUGUAUUCAGUAUGAUAAUCCUAAAUUCUCUCUUCCCCUCUGCUGGCUGCUUUAUCUGCAUUUUUUUCUCUUCACAUUGUCACCCUCACCAUACGGCACUCUCCAUGAAGCAAAACAGCUUUAGAUCUCCUUUGUUCCUACCCUGCCCGCCCACCCAGGGAAUCCAGCAGUAUAAACGGGGUCAGGUCUGGGCUAUUAAUUAUUGUACCUCAUUAUAAAUGAAUAGACCCCUUUAUGCGUGUGUGUUUGUUGUCAUGCGUGGCGAGGAGGAAGAAACAGCGACCUUUCCGGUGAGGCUAUGGCCCCGACCUUGCCUAGAAUGAUUUGGCUAUAACUGAAACCCGCUGGAGCCUGAGCUGUUCCUUGCUGAAUAUUUCAUCGGGGUGGUUACACGGGAAACCAUAUCAGCUCUGCAGUGGGUGGCCUCAGUGUGGGACUGCCUAUCUAUCGCCCCGAUACAAUGGAGCUGAUUUUGUUUUCCUUUCAUGAUUAUGUCCAUUGAUAGAAAACCUCUCGGGAGCUUUUCAAUCAAUAAUUAGUGGUGCAUUUUUAAAAGUGUAUGUGUGUGUGUGUGUGAGUGUGUGUUCUUGUAGUUGCAUCCUUGUGAGAAGGAGAGCAUGAGUUUCAGAUGAGAGCGAGGACUUUUGUGCAAUGGAAGGCCUUUUUCUUGAAGGGCAAAUCUGAGGAGUAGUUUUUGAUUUCAAGGUUAAAAUAAGGUUUAGAUUCAUUUUAGGUCAAGUAUUAAUGGAACAUUAUGCUUACUUGCUUCCCUGCUGAGAGACAGUGUGUUUAUUUGUCUAGUAAUUGUAAGGCAACAGCCAGCAACCAGUUAGCUUAGCUUAGCUUAGCACAGAGACCAGAACAAAAUGUCGAACUGUUCCUUUAAGGUUCAAAGAAUUAACAGAUUUACAAAAUUAAAUGACUUUUUGUUUACUUUAUCCGAUUUUUACAAUUGUUCAUGGUUCAUCCAUAGUUAUUCAUAGUUGUUUAAAUUAAACAUAACAUAUAACAUACAUUUAAUUUUCCAGUGUUGUAAACAAGCAGAAGUCCGUACCAAACAUGGUGACGUUUUCUUCCUUCUCUGUUUCAUUUUUAAACCUUAGAGGGAAGUUAUUUCUGAGCCAAAUGAACUCCUGGGUUUAAGAUUAAAACUGGAAUUAAGAUCAUGGUUACUAUUAGACGUAGAGUGUAGGCUACUAGUAGGAUCUAGAGAAAUAUUGUAGUUGAGAUUCUAUGAGAGGUUCUUACAAUUAAAAGAAAAAAAAGAUGCUGGUAUCUGUGUUUGUGCUUCCUCACACAUACAAUACAAGGAGAUGUAAAAUACUUGUAUGUUUGUUCAUCCACCAAUGUUCCAGCGUGCAUGUGUGUAGGUGGACAUGUGUUUAAGUGUCUGUGAAUGCUGCCAGUUACUGGAUGCUCCAAUAUGUCUAUGAAUAUGUCUUGGCAGCCAUGCGUAUGAACCACUUGGCUGCUGAGUGGGAGAAGAGCAGAGGAGUAGGAGGGAGAGAAGAUGGGAGACCUGACCUUGCAGAUGAUUCAGUCAAUGGAGUAAUCACAAGUAUUCCUCUGGGUCUGCAGUACAAAUAGGAGGUUACGGAAAAGGCUGCUCUCACUUUUGCAGUCUCUUCUUCUUCUCUUCAUUUUCAUCCUUCUUCUGUCUGUCGAGUUUCAUGUUUGUUUGUUUGUUUUUUUCUGGGGCAGAGUUAGACUGGGUUUGGUUUGUUAGGGUGAAAGUGGCAGUUUGUGUGUGUGUGUGUGUGUGUGUGUGUGUGUGUGUGUGUACGGGUGCGUGUGUGGAGGAAGGUUACAGCAGCUAUUUUAACUGAUGUUUCCAUUUGUAUGUGUCUAAUCAUGAACUGGGGAAGGGUUCAAGUGCCUGCAAAAUCUAACAAGUCCCCCCCCCCCCCCUCAUAUGCAAAUUUGAUAAUAUCCCAUAAUUUCACGUUUAUUAUUUGUGUUGUGUAAUUAAUGUUUGUGGGCCGCCUCUGUAACACAUGGUUUCUUCCCAUAAAGCUAUUGUUUCAAGGGAUUGUUUUUUUUUUUUUUUAUCCUGGGAGAAAUGAGAAAUAUAUUGUUGUUGUUUCAUUGUGUUUUUAUGACCAUCCCUCAUUGUGUUUUAUUAUCCACAAUAUGGUACUACGGUGGUGACUAAUAUGUAAGCACAGUGCAAUUUUCCUUUUUACAACAGUGUAUCAUUAAGGACUGUUUCUGCCAUUCUCUGUACAUACAAUAUCAACUUUUUUCAAAGAAUAAAU